GAGAAGCGCACGGUUUGCUUUCCGGCAGUGUGGCAUAUAGAGGAAGAUGAUGUCAGAAUCUCAUGCCGAGGCGGGAAACGAGAUGCCGAAUAAUAAAAAACAGAAAUUAAGCAGUGAUGAAAAUAGCAACCCGGAUCUGUCUGGAGACGAAAACGAUGAUGCUGUUAGCAUUGAGAGUGGCACCAACACUGACCGGCCGGAUACCCCAACAAACACUGCUAAUGCCCCGGGCAGAAAGAGCUGGGGCAAGGGCAAGUGGAAGUCCAAGAAAUGCAAAUAUUCGUUCAAAUGUGUCAACAGUCUAAAGGAGGACCACGGUCAGCCUUUAUUUGGCGUUCAGUUUAACUGGCACAGCAAGGAAGGAGAUCCGCUUGUGUUUGCGACCGUCGGCAGCAACAGAGUCACUUUAUACGAGUGUCAUUCUCAAGGAGAGGUUCGUCUCCUGCAGUCAUACGUAGACGCAGACGCAGAUGAGAACUUCUACACUUGUGCGUGGACCUUUGACACGAGCACCAGUCACCCGCUGCUGGCCGUGGCCGGUUCCCGCGGCAUCAUCCGCAUCAUCAAUCACAUCACCAUGCAGUGUGUCAAACAUUACGUCGGCCAUGGUAACGCCAUCAAUGAACUCAAGUUUCAUCCGAGGGAUCCGAACCUUCUGCUGUCAGUUAGUAAAGAUCACGCUCUGCGUCUGUGGAACGUCCAGACAGACACUCUGGUGGCUAUUUUUGGUGGAGUCGAGGGUCACCGUGAUGAGGUCUUGAGCGCGGAUUUUGAUCUGCUUGGCGAGAAGAUUAUGUCAUGUGGCAUGGAUCACUCGCUGAAGCUGUGGAGAAUCAGCUCUGAGCGGAUGCAGAUAGCAAUACGUGGUUCUUAUGAGUAUAACCCCAGCAAAACCAACAGGCCUUUUGUGUCUCAAAAGAUUCACUUCCCGGACUUUUCCACACGAGACAUCCACAGAAACUAUGUGGAUUGUGUCCGCUGGCUUGGAGAUUUGAUUCUUUCAAAGUCGUGUGAAAAUGCCAUCGUGUGUUGGAAACCUGGAAAAAUGGAGGAUGACAUCGACCACAUCAAACCAAAUGAGUCCAAUGUGACCAUUCUCGGCCGCUUUGAUUACAGCCAGUGUGACAUUUGGUACAUGCGCUUCUCUAUGGACUUCUGGCAGAAGAUGCUGGCUCUGGGAAAUCAGGUUGGGAAGCUUUAUGUUUGGGACCUGGAAGUGGAGGAUCCUCAUAAAGCCAAAUGUACUACGCUCACUCUUCCCAAAUGCACGUCGGCCAUCAGACAGACGAGUUUCAGCAGGGACAGCAGUAUUCUCAUCGCCGUGUGUGAUGAUGCUUCUAUAUGGCGCUGGGACAGACUCCGCUGAUUCAUUCGCAAUAUAUAGUCAAGUCUUUGAUUUUUGAGUUUGUUCACCUCGAAUGUGUCUCAGCUUUUGUUUUGUCUUUUACUAGUUGUACUGUCUGACAUGAAUAAAAUCUAUUUUUCUA